AUGAUGCCCAGGCUGGCUCUGGGCUUUGCCCAGGUUUUGCCAUCCAACCUGGCCAGAUGCCUCCCCACCAUGGUCUGGUUGCUCCCUUCCAGGCUGCAGUCAUGGAGGAUGUUUGGUACCACUGGGCUGCUCCAAGAUGAAGUUCAAGAUUCUGGUCCUCAGGAGCUACUGACGGUGAAUUUCGUAAACCACCUGGGGAAGAAGAUCGCAGUUCCUGUGAGGGAGGGUCAAAACAUACUCCAGUUGGUGCUGAAGCACAAUUUGAACUUCCCUGGCUUCGGGGCCUGUGAAGGGACUCUGUUCUGUUCUACCUGCCACGUCAUCCUGGAGAAGGAAGUCUUCCAGAAGCUAGGUCCCAUCUCUGAAGACGAGCUGGACAUACUGGAUCUGACCUGUGGUGUCACAGCCACAUCCCGUCUGGCCUGCCAACUGUGUAUAACCAAAGACAUGGACAACCGGAUCUUCUGGGUCCCCAUGGGGACUGACACCUCCGGAUCCAAGUAGCGGAAGUAGCUCUGGC